CUCUUACUCACUGGCCGGGCCUCGGGGCCAGUGAAGGAGUCCUACAGCCAGUACAGGCUACACUGCUGCAGCUGCAGGAUUGAUCAAACCUGCAGCUCUGCUGAGUGUUGUCAUCUUGUUGACGUUGUCUAUUCUGCGGCUUUCAACCGCCCAAGACAGUUUGUGGAGGAAAGAGAUGAUGACGUUCGAAGUGCAAAGCUGUACGUGGUCCAGCGAUUCCACACGUCCACGACUCGCAACUCACUGUGGAGUGUCGGGUGAGGGAAACUUUCCCAGUAGGCAGUACGGCAGUAGCGAGUGCAGGUGUUUGGUCAUGUUCCCGUGGUGGACGAGUUGGGACAUCGUGAAGCCAUCUAAGGAUUUGCUUUGGUAACGACAUGAACAAUCUACAAGUAGCUAUUGCAGUGUUGAAGGAGAAGCGCUGCGAUGAAGCACCACACCCGAGACUGGUGGCGUGGUGCGUACCAGUCUUAGCAGCAGCACUCUGCACCCUGCACCCUACACAUACAUGUAUGCAGGUGACAGGAGUUUACCUUGACUUGAACACAAGCGAUUGAUUGGUGGAAGGGAAGGAUGCAGAGAGGUCUAGUCGGUUCAUCAGUUUGGAGCAGAUUGCUGGAGAUUGCUGCAAAUAGUAGUAUUGCUGCAAAUAGUAGUAUUGCUUCUGUUGUGGACACACUCACAGUGGCGUGUGCGGGAGUGUACAUGUGCAGCAAGCACUGUCGGAAUCAGAUGUAGACUAUAGCUCGCAUUGCGUAUUUCCUGCACUGAGCUAGCCUGCGUGCAUCAUGUGUUGCGUGAGGGAGACUACACCAUCAUGAGCAGGCUAUGCUGACUAGCUAGUGCCUGCUGGAGACGAAGAGGUAUCUCUGACUAUCUGAGUCGAACCAGUCAUCAUCAUCCUCAUCCUCAUCCCUGUUGGCGGUAGUGUCAACGCCAUCCGCCGCAGUGUGUAUGUUUACACUGUGACCUGGCUGUAUUGCCACUGUGUACUGACGUAACCAUGGCUGUGGUUGUAUCAAAGUCACCGAUUGCUAACCCAGGCCGCUACAAUGCUUGCCGCUGGCAGCUCAUGAAGAACAGUGCAGUGUUUGUGAGUCAGGUGUGUAUCAUGAUUGAGAUAAUCAGCGGCGGCAGUGGCAGCGGUGGCAUCAUGUUAGCCGCAGCAGAUACAGCUACAGACCUUGCGGAUCAACACAACCAUGACUCCACAAACUGGCAAGAGCACGAAAAUAACUAUAUGCUAGAGGUUCGCUGGCAAGACUGUAACUCAACAGGUUGUCUAGAGCCACACAGGCUAUCUGCACCGCCAUCUUGUCAGGACGGAUAUACCAUGAUUGGCACGGUGGAGACCCAUUGUCCGCAAUGUGACAAAACCUGGAGAUGUCCCGAUUGUCUGCCAUUUGAUAAUCACCUUUGCUUCAGUUUUGGCCACCGUGUUACGGAUGGCAACAGGACGUGUACUGUAUUCAACGUGCCUCGCCUGUACAAAGUGAGAAGGUGCUUAGCAUGUUCCAGUUCCUGUCAGCAGUGUGAUGGAACAUCAUCAAGUUCCUGUAUUUCUUGCAAGUCCGGAAAGGUGUUGGUGUCAGGGAAAUGUCUGGAGCCGUGGAUAUUCAUAGUUUUGGCGGCAGCUUGUGGAAUUGUCAUAUGCAUUAUAAUCAGCGUGGUCAUCAUCACAGCCAACAUUCGGAAGAGAACGGGUCGCAAGCGCAUCAUCUCCUCAUCCAGCAGUGCUGGUAGCCACUGUAGUCAACAUCAACACAAUGAGAACUAUCACCAGACAACUACACUCUCAGAACGCACCAGCACCAGCAGCACUAGUGGUAAUAGAAGACACAACCAAAAGAACUCAGUGAUGGCAAGUGUGCAUGGUAACGUGGAUACCGACAUACCGUCCUACUACAGCCCUCUCAUAGGCGGUGCUGCCACUACCACCGGUGCGCCAUGGUCUGCGGCGCCAUCACAUUAUCAAGGCCUACACGCUGUGCAAGUGCAGUCUGCUGCUGCUCUUGCAUCAUCCUCAUCUGCUGUCCCAACUGCUGCCAGGGAGGAUGUGGAUUUCAGCAACACCAGAUUGCAGCAACGUCCCUCUGUGUAUGAAUCGUUACAGCGUCAUCCGUCAGUGUAUGAGCCAUUGCGACCUCAGCUUUCUCAAGAGACUUACCAAACUAGCAGCCCGGCGUUGCAGACUGUGCAAGAUCAAACACCGCCGCCGCCGCAGUCGUUUGAAGAGCGCCUGGCCACAAGUCACUACACGCCACUGCAACCAGCACUACAGCCUGACCUGGAUGCUACCUAUGCACACCCUACCCCAUCACCAGCAGCAACAGCAGCAGCGGCAGCACAUGGGAGACCCCGUGCUAAGAGCAUGUACACUGCACUUGCAGGUGAUGCCAACACUGUGGUGUACCAAGCAACUCCUGCUUCUCGCCAGCCAUCCGCACCACUGAACGCACCACUGAACACACCACUGAACCCACCACUGAGCACAGCAGCAGGAGCAGAGGGGACAGGAGCAGAGGGGACGGGAAGGUAUUCAAGUAACUAUGAUAGGUUUGCCACUGCACCAAGUAGAGGCAAGCUGCAAGCAAGACGUAAACUGCCAGUGUUUAGUCGCUGGUCGUGCUUAGCUCCUGCAUCUGCUGGAACUCCUUAUGCAGCACGUCGUCAAUCUGCUGCUGCCAGUACUUCACUACACAGAGAGGCAAGCUGGAGAUUCCGUGCAGGUACAUCUGAUAGUGACCCGGCCGCCAGUAAACCAGAUCUAUGGAUAUCAUCUGUUACUAUCGGCGGUGACAAGCCAACACCAGCUGUAUCAUCAACACGGGUCGUUGGUACCGGCGCAGAUAGUCAUGGCAACGGGCAAGCAGACAUUGCUAGUGUAGCGCGGCCAAUAUCACUUCAUACCGCAGCAAGUAAACAAGUAUCUGAUCCCACAGCACGACAAGCAGCUAGUUUCAGUAGAUAUCGUAGCGAGGAAGGGACCUCUGUCCACCGAGCUAGUUCAUUCAGUCAUAGUUCCAGUACUCACUCACAGCUUAGUCAACAAGACCCCACCACCACCACCACCACCACCACUACUACUACUAACACCGGACAUCACAACCUAGCACUACCACUCACUACUGGCAACAAGAAGACAGGGACAGCAACAGUAGCGGUGGCGGCGACGGCGGUGUCAAGAUCCAGCCGGCGCCGCACUUCACCACUGGUUUCACCGUUACAUGUCAGAAAACGACAAGAUAAAAGCAGCAAAGCUCCUGGCAAGAACAGCAACAGUAACAGUGCUAGCAAGUCUGGGAAGAAACAGACACUGCCCCGUUGGUCCAUGAUCCCAACCCGUACUCUACGCUUGGCAGAGAAGAAACGACAGCAAGAUGCUUGGCAGAACACAGGUGCCAGUGGGUAUGAAGAUCCAAUGUUUGUUUCUCGCACUGACACACUGACACAUUACUAUCAUGUCCUGGAGAAACGCGCAGAGCAAUGUGAAGAUACAGACGAGCGCUGGCAGUAUGGUUCCAAUCCCUCCCUUGCAACUCACCGUCAAUCCGAGCGUCUUCGCAAGGCUAUGUCACUGGCGCCAUCAGGAGCUACGACACGCAGCCUUAGUAGAGAUGACUUGCUCUUUGUCCACUCCCUGGUCAAGGAGUGUGGUUUAGAGGGUGAUCAUGAUAUUGUGGUCGACACACGGGAUAACAGCGGCACUGAUGAUGUCGCUACUGAUGAUGUCACUGAUGAUGUCACUACUGAUGAUGUCAAUGAUCACGUGACUGAUGAUGUCAUUGGUGAUGUCACUACACAGCCCUAUCUUGAAGCAGAUAACGUGGAGGAGAACAGUGAGACAGAAUCACGGGAAAUGACUGUUAGUCAGCAGCAGCAGCAGCAGCAACAUAACCAAGUCCUUACUGGUUCAGCUCUACCGGAAAACAGCAGCAGUGGCAGCAGCAGCAGCAGCGGCGGUCAUGAAGUGCAUGCCACUAGUGCAGAUCAUUCUGUCACCAUCACAGUCACUGCACCAUGUGAACAACUACCGCCUGCUACCUUGCCGGAGACAGAUGAUGAUCACGCUACCACACUAACUGACCAGCAAGCAGCUAUGACAUCACCAUUACAUCAUCUCAACAAUAUCAGCAGUGCCAGUGGAGCAGCAGCAGCAGCAGCACCACCACCACCACCGGCAAGACAAGUCACUGAGGGGGUGAUCAUAAGUAAGAGUCACAAUGAUCAACAACAAGGCCGCAAUGCAGCAGAUGACAUAAGCUCCCAUUCUGACCGUUCAGAAGACAACGCAGCUUCAGACAAUAACAGAAAUACGUUACCUGAAAGAAGAGACUGUGAGGCAGCUACUGUCACUGAUGACCCCAGUCUUCCCACAGCUACUGUCACUGAUGACCCCAGUCUUCCCGCAGCUACUGUGACUGAGACAUCUAGUCCUCCAGUAGCUACACUGCUUGACGAUGAUGAAGACAUUCACCAUACUGUAGCUGCAGGGCUUGACAGCGAUGAAGACAUCCAGCGUACUGGACCAAGACUACUGCACGGUCGGUUGUCAAAUUCUCAAGAUAUGCAAGGACUCUGGUCAGAUUUCUCCAAUUGACAUCGGAUUCAUGGACUUGCAAUGAUCAGAUUUCCUCUCUCUGCUGCUACUGCCUCUCUGUUUCCGGCAUUGCAGUGACACAUCGAAUUACCACCUGCGGCAUCAGCACAGGCCCGGCGGAACCGAUCCGGUUGGCCAGGCCAUGGCUGGACCAACAGUUUGGCCUCCAACGUGUGUUUACUGCUGAGAGGGUCAUGUGACUACCCUAGUCCAUAUCAUACACAAACUGUAUGAAAGUCAUGUGACUACCGUCCAUAUCAUACACAAACUGUAUGACAGGCUAGGCUAUGGUCGGACCAGUCAAUAACUGCUUCCGCUGGUUCUGCAGCAGCAGCAGCAGCAGCAGCCCAUGUCUCCUAUAUAUAGUGUAGAAGCUCCAGGAUAGAAAGAAAAUGCUUCUACUGCAUAUGCUCAUCUACUUGCCGGUCAGUGACUCGUACAUGUACGCCAGCGGCAGCAAAGACUGGUGACGUGCUCUCUAACCUGUGCGGCCAGAGUGCAUUUACCAACAUUUCGCCAGGUAUACCUUUAAUUUCGUACUUCACAGUAUGUUUUCAUCUGUAUUCAUCAUAGCACUUUUAAUAUGCUCCUGCAGCAACAGGCUAGUGUACAAUGGACUUCAAGUGCUACAAUACAGCUACAAACUUAGUAUAAAGUAUAAAUUAUACCUGCUAAUUUACAUGGAUAGACCAAACCAUACCUUGAUUAAUUACUUUUAGGUCUUGAGUUCAUCAUAA